GAGUGUUUGCAGAAAAUUGUGGUGCUAGACGACUUCAGGACAUGAUACUUAUUGAAAAGAGCAGCACAAGCCAAAUGAAGGUAGAUGCUCCCACUGCUGAAACCAAUUUAGCAUUAGUAUCAUCGUUUAGAGGGCGCUUCAGUAUUUCAAUAGCCUCGCAGUGAAAAAAUGUCACUACUGAAACACACUCCACAGACAUCACCUGUUGCUUACUUCAGCAGUCGGCAAUAGGUGUCAAGAUAUCCUAAUUGUUUCGUCUCUAGUACAGUGUGAUUUGAAUUUGAAUAAUAUUGC